AUGAUCAAGCAAACAAACCAAGCUCGCAUGGCGUAUCGCACUUGCUUGAAUGCAUCACUCAAGUGCACUAGGUAUUUAUCGCGACAAGGUCUUUCUUUUCGUGGUCAUGAUGAAAGUGUCAUUUCAAGUAAUAAGGGGAAUUAUUUAGAGCUCUUGCAAUUUCUUGCGGAUCAUUAUGAAAAAGUUAAGGACGUUGUGUUGGAAAAUGCUCCGGGCAAUUUAAAGUUAAUAGCUCCUUCAAUUCAAAAAGAUCUUGUCAAUUCUUGUGCUAAAGAAACCAUUGGUCUUAUCUUGAGUGAUGUACAAGAUAGAUAUUUUUCAAUAAUUGUGGAUGAAGCACGUAAUGUUUCAAUAAAGGAGCAAAUGGCGAUGAUGUUGCGUUAUGUGAACGACAAAGGACAAAUAAUUGAAAGGUUUGUUGGGGUUCAACAUGUAACUAACACUACUUCAAGUGCACUAAAGGAAGACAUGGAUGAAUUCUUUUCUUCUGCGAAUUUGAGCUUUUCCAAGCUAUGA